AUUUUGCAAACUACGCACAAGAGUAGACAAACUGUAGAUUUGUUUAAUUACUGCAAUGGAAGAUCUACUCUUGGUCAUUUUAUUUCUCUUUAUAGUUUUAUGUUUCUCUCUUCUUGGUGUCUCGCAUUUGUUUGCAAAACAAGAACGCAAAAACUUGCCCUCUGGGAGCAUGGGAUGGCCCCUCUGUGGAGAGACACUUGCUUUCCUCAGGCCUCAUAGAUCAAACUCUAUGGGGAAUUUCAUUCAGCAACAUUGCUCCAGGUACGGAAAAGUUUUCAAGUCUCAUCUGUUUGGUUCGCCAGCGAUAGUUUCCUGCGACCCGGCGCUCAACUUGUUUAUACUUCAGAAUGAAGAGAAGCUAUUUCAAGCCAACUACCCCAAGCCCAUGGUUGACGUUUUGGGAAGAUUGUCUCUACUCAUUUCGUCUGGAGAACUUCACAAGAAGCUUAGAAAUGUUGUUGUCAGUUUCAUCACUGCCUCCAAGUCAGCCCCACUGUUUCUUCUUCUUGUAGAGAAGAUGUCAGUCUCAAUGAUGGAUUCAUGGAAAGAGCGGAGGAAAAUUGCCUUCUACAAAGAAGCUAAAAAGUUUACGCUAGAUCUUAUGGUAAGAAAUCUUCUAAGUAUUGAGCCAGAAGAACCACUAGCCUUCAAAAUACUUGAAGAUUUUGAAACUUACAUGAAGGGUUUUGUGUCUUUGCCAAUAUAUAUCCCUGGGACAGCUUAUGCCAAAGCCGUGAAGGCUAGAGAGAGACUCUCUUUGACUGUGAUGGGGAUUAUAAGAGAAAGGGAACAAAAUAUUUCAAGGGACAGGGAAGGAGACUUCUUGGAUGUGAUUAUGGCGAAACAGAGCCUGAGCUAUGAAGAGACAGCGAGCGUAGUUUUGGAUCUCUUGCUUGGAGGCUAUGAGACAACUGCUAUACUAAUUGCUUUAAUUGUUUACUUUCUUGGGCAUGCACCCAAAGUUUUUGAACGAUUAAAGGAAGAACACCAAGCAAUAAGAAAAAGCAAAGAAGGUGGGAAGCCCUUGAACUGGGAGGAUUACCAGAAAAUGGAAUUCACCUAUAAUGUUAUACAUGAAGCCAUGAGAUGUGGAAAUGUUGUCAAAAUGGUACACCGCAAAGCCGUUAAAGAUGUCAUAUUCAAAGACUAUUUCAUUCCCUCUGGAUGGAAAGUUCUUCCCAUCUUUACUGCAGCACACUUAGACCCAACUCUUCAUGAAAAUCCUUCAGAGUUUAAUCCUUGGAGAUGGACUGAUCAUAAAGAAAUGAGCAGAAAGGUGAUGCCAUUUGGUGGAGGACUGCGAUUCUGCCCAGGAGCAGAAUUGGCUAAAGUAGAAAUCUCUCUUUUCCUUCAUCAUCUUGUCCUGAAUUAUAGGUGGAAAAUAAAAGAUGAUGAUGAUUUCCCAGUUGCCUAUCCUUAUGUAGGAUUCCCAAGAGGCCUGGUUUUGGAUAUUGAAGGAACAGAAGAGUUAGUGGGAAAUAAAAACUGAUUUGAUUGGGCUUCAUGAGCACAGUAGGCCAUGGUGUUCUUAUAGGUAGCAACAUAAAAGUAGGUUUAAAAUUUAAUUAUUUAGCUCUUUACCUCCUCUUUAGGGGGAAGAGACGGGUGGAGUUUCAUGAUUUUAUAUGCCCGUAAAGGAUUUUUUUUUUUUUUUUUGAAAUGCUAUUGGCAUAUCCAUCCAGAAUACCAUCUGUGAAAAAAACAUCUCUUUUCUCUCUUAUUGAAUUAUGAAACAUCAAACUCAGACCUGAAAGGAACAACAAACUGAUUUCGUUGUUUCAGGUCUGAAUUUAGAAGCAAGUCCGUCUUGGGAAAUUAGACUUUUUGCUGCUGAACCUCAAAAAGCUAGCUAUUUUCCAGGUUUCACCUGACGUUUUC